ACAACAGAACCAACAACAGAACCAACAACAGUACCAACAACAGUACCAACAACAGAACCAACAACAGAACCAACAACAGAACCAACAACAGAACCAACAACAGUACCAACAACUACUACCACUACCCUGAUGACUACAACUGCACCAGGCUGUAAUUUCCUUGGCAGAGAACCCAACCUGUUCAAUUGUAGCAAGUAUUUUGAAUGUAUCUCUGGAGUUAAAGUUGAAAAGUCAUGUGGCCAAAAUGAACAUUUCGACGGCGACCAACGACAGUGUUAUCCAGCAGUUUUUGCUAAGUGCAUACGUAAAGAUUGUAAUUAUACGGGCAGAAGAGCCAACCCAAAUGACUGCAAGAAAUAUUUUGAAUGUAAAACUGAUGGUGAACGGGAGUUAUCGUGUGGGCCAGACGAAUUAUUUGACUACAAACAAAAGAAUUGUUACCCAGCUGUCUUUGCUGAGUGUAAACCAGGCUCCAGAAUUACAACCACGGCAUUACCAACUACUACUCUUCCACCUUGUAAAAGUACUGGCAGAAGACCCAAUAAAAACGACUGCAAGAAAUAUUUUGAAUGCAUCAACAACGUUGAAGUUGAACUAUCGUGCGGUCCAGACGAACUCUUUGACUACAUAGAAAAAAAUUGCUACCCAGCUGUCUUUGCUGAAUGUACACCAGGUUCCAUAACUACAACCACAGCAUUGCCAACUACCACAACCACAACUUUACCGACAACCACGGCAACACCUUGUACAUUUUCUGGCAGAAAACCCAAUGAAAACGACUGCAAGAAAUAUUUUGAAUGCAUCAACAACGUUGAAGUUGAACUAUCGUGCGGUCCAGAUGAGAACUUUGAUUACAUAGAAAAAAAUUGCUACCCAGCUGUCUUUGCUGAAUGUACACCAGGUUCCAUAACUACAACCACGGCAUUGCCGACUACCACAACCACAACUUUACCGACAACCACGGCAACACCUUGUACAUUUUCUGGCAGAAAACCCAAUGAAAACGACUGCAAGAAAUAUUUUGAAUGCAUCAACAACGUUGAAGUUGAACUAUCGUGCGGUCCAGAUGAGAACUUUGAUUACAUAGAAAAAAAUUGCUACCCAGCUGUCUUUGCUGAAUGUACACCAGGUUCCAUAACUACAACCACGGCAUUGCCGACUACCACAACCACAACUUUACGACAACCAACGGCAACACCUUGUACAUUUUCUGGCAGAAAACCCAAUGAAAACGACUGCAAGAAAUAUUUUGAAUGCAUCAACAAAGUUGAAGUUGAACUAUCGUGCGGUCCAGACGAACUCUUUGACUACAAAGAAAAAAAUUGCUACCCAGCUGUCUUUGCUGAAUGUACACCAGGUUCCAUAACUACAACCACGGCAUUGCCGACUACCACUCUUCUAUAUUGUGGUUAUAACGGUAGAAUACCCAAUGAAAACGACUGCAAGAAGUAUUUUGAAUGCAUCAACAACGUUGAAGUUGAGUUUUCGUGUGGUCCAGAUGAGAAUUUUGACUACAUAGAAAAAAAUUGUUACCCAGCUGUCUUUGCUCAAUGUACACCAAGUUCUAUCCCGAAACCAUGUAACUUUCUCGGUAGAAGAGCCGACCCAAAUGACUGCGAGAAGUAUUCUGAAUGUGUCAACAAUGCUGAAGUUGAGUAUUCUUGUAAUCCAGGCGAACUCUUUGACGACGGAAGUAAAAUGUGUUACCCAGCUGCUUUUGUCACUUGUAAACAGGGUGCUGUAAAUACAAACACUGCAAAGCUCUGCAAUUUCGUUGGUCGAAUACCUGACGCUAAUGAUUGCCAGAGUUAUAAGGAAUGUGUGAAUGGUAAAGUGGUUGUACAAAGAUGUGGAUCUGGAGAGGUGUUCGAUACUGCAAACUUGAUGUGUCUUCCAUCUGUUUUUGGACAAUGCAAUGUUGCACCAAAAUCAAGGAAAAGAAGGGACACAAGCGACGUAUGUUCGGAAGUAAAAGCUGCUUCAAAAGUGCCAUAUCCGGGAGAUCCAAGGAAGUAUUACUAUUGUUCCAAGACUCGAAAGCAGGCAGUGUUUCAAUGUAACGACGGAUAUAUUUUCAGUGAAAAGGACGGAGCAUGUGUUCCAAAUUCCUAAAGGGAUAAAAUAUGAAAAAGUCCAUGAUCUGCUACGGUCAACCAUUGGUUGCGUAAUAACUUAAGGUCAACAGGUUUUAGAGUUGUUUCAUCCCUAAAACAGUUCAAUUAAAGUUGGACGUAUUUCGGGAUAUGUUACAAGUAAUAAAACAUAAUGAUAAAAUUAAAA